AUGGCCACGAGAACCCUAGCUACCUGGGCUCUAGCCCUUCAGUUUGGCAACCUCACCGAGCCUGUUGUGGACAUGGCUGUUAAGAGUGUCUACAACUGGGCUGGGUGUGCUAUUGGAGGAUAUGCUCUGCCUCCUGCUAGUAUAGCACUUGAAGCAAUGUCGCCUUUCACUGGUUCAGAUGGCAAUUCAACCAUCUUCGGUAUCGGACAACAUGUCGACAUCAGAACCGCGGCUCUGAUCAAUGGGAUUGCUUCUCAUGCUGACGACUAUGAUGAUACGCAUGUCGACACUCCAGUGCAUCCAUCAGGCCCGGUGGCAUCAGCCUUGUUCGCUCUGGCUGAAUGGAUGGGUGAUGUUACUGGUGAAGAGUUUCUAGCAGCAUUUGUGGCAGGCAUUGAGACUGAGUGCAAGCUUGGAGUUGCCGUCUACCCGGAACACUACAAUGUUGGCUGGCACAUCACUAGUACUACUGGAUCGAUUGGUGCCGCUGUGGCAGCUGGAAAGCUACUUGGCCUCGACGCUAAGCAAAUGCAGAGAGCCAUUAGUAUCGCGUCAGUCCAGGUCAUCGGAAUGCACGAGUCAUUCGGCACAGAUACUAAGCCUUUCCACGUUGGAGCCGCCGCACAGGCUGGUCUCACAUCGGCAUUGCUCGCAAAGAAUGGGUUCGGUGGAUCGCUCCAAGGUCUUGAGGCUAAGCGAGGCUGGUCGCAUGUCAUAAGCACUCGUGAGAACUUGACCGAGGAAUUUUCAACCUUUGGAAAAGUCUGGGAGACGACUAAGAACACCUUCAAACCUUUCCCUUGUGAUCGCAUCAUCCAUGCUGCUAUCGAUGGCUGGAUUCAGAUCCAUGAUCAAGCCAAGGAGAAGGGUUAUGAUAUCAGCAAGAUUGCCAAUGUCACUGCUAGGACCCAUCCCCAGGUCUUGUUCUUGACAGACGAUCCUAAACCUGAGAAUGGCCUUGCUGGAAAAUUCAGUGUUUACCACGCUGCUGCUGUAGCCCUUCUGUACGGUGAAGCUACCCCUAGCCAGUUCACCGACGAGGCGGUACAGAAUAAGACAGUCAUCGCCCUACAAGAAAAGGUUCACGUCACCACCGACGACACGGUCAGCGAUCAUGAAGCCUUUGUUGCAGUCGAAUUUGAGAAUGGGAAAAAGCUGCAGGUGCACGUCAAUGUACCGAAGUUUAUUGCUGUUCAUGAUAUGGCGCAGUUGGCAAAGCUUCAUUACUAG